AUGGCUUCAAGAUUCGGUCCCUCAACCCUCCACCAACGCGACCCUCGCUCCGACCUCUUCCGCGGCUACACCGGCUCCAGCAGUACAAUCAACCGGACGAUGAGUGCGUCCCCUGCCAGCGGUUACCGACACAGUCAAUCAUCACCCUAUAGCAGCAAUCAAAAUGGGACAACGGGAGGGAGUAGUGGCUACGGCGGGUAUGGAGCUGGUGUGGGGGGAGGCUACAGUCACGGGGCGGCGCAGGGAAAUCCUUAUUUGGGUGUUGGGGGGGAAACUGGCGGAAGGGGGUUUAGGGCGGCUACGCCAAAUAAAAAGGGCCAAUACUCCGACGCGGUGCUCAACGAGCUCGAGAGCCAAAACGAACAACAAGUAGAAGGUAUCAUGGGCAAGAUGACGAUAGCUAUAGGCGAUGAAAUCCGCGAGUCCUCCGCGCUCGCCGAAAAGAUGAACGAAGGCUUUGACCAAACACGCUUGCGCCUGCGCGGCACCAUGAACAGGAUGCUCCUGAUGGCCGAGCGGACCGGCGUCGGCUGGAAGGCCUGGCUGGGGUUUUUCGUGGCCGUGAUUAUCCUGUUUAUUUACGUGUGGCUUUUCUAA